CUUUUACUAGGUCGUCCGAGAUAUAUACGGCAAUGAGGGUCCGUUGAAGCUUCUGGCUCCGUUACUCUUCCACACUGGGGCUCGUUCUUUGAGCGAAAGUAUUCCUCCAACAUGUCGGCAACCGUCGAAGACUACCAGCUAGCCGCGGUAGCAGCAGGAUUCACAAUCGGAUUCGGUUUCCUGACAGUAUGGGAGGCCAUUCAACAAACGAGGCGGAACCGCAAUCCGCUGAGGUCCGUCUACAUCUACAUGCUGUGGGGUGAGAUUGUUGUGAACGUAUGCAUUGGAGUUGUCGGUUGGUUGUUCUUGACUGGAACGUUGGGUCCCACUGUUCCAGUCCUGUUCUUCAUCCUCCUCUUCUGGGUGUUCCAGAUCCAGCUGCUCAUGCAGAUUAUCAUCAAUCGAAUUGCACUCAUCGCUGAACAUCGAAAUACUGUUCGUAACAUCAAGUGGGGUACAUUCAUUCUAAUUUCCGCAAUCAACGUUGCCGUCUUCUGCAUCUGGAUUCCAGCGCACACAGUACCACCUGUGAACGGCACCUUCGUCAAGAUCAACAAUGUCUGGGACAAGAUUUCGAAAGUUCUCAUUCUCGUUGUUGAUGCCGGUCUCAAUUGGUACUUCCUGCGCAUUGUCAAGAUCAGACUAGUGGAUCAAGUCGGUCUCACAAAGUACAAGCCUCUCGUGAGCUUCAACGCCAAGCUCAUGGUCGUUUCGAUCGCCAUGGACGGUCUUCUUAUUGGCCUUAUGUUCCUCAGGAACCCAGUCGUCUACAUACAAUUCCACCCCGUCGUGUACAUGGUGAAACUGAACAUCGAAAUGUCCAUGGCGUCCCUGAUCGUCCGCCUCGCGCAAGGCAAGACCGAAAAUGACGCUGAUCCCGAGGACUUCGGAAGCUCCACAGGCCCAUCGAAUUCGCAAUCUGACCGACGCUCGAAGGCAAAGCCAAACCAGUUCCAAUCCUUCCAAUUGACUUCCGCGAAGGGCCCUGGAAGGAGCAAGAUCCACAGCCGGAACGAAAGCGACGAGAGCCUGGGACAAAUUCACCGCACAACAGAGUUGAAUGUUGUGGUAGAGCACAUCGGCAAGACGAAGGAGGGUGAUGCGGACUAUUCGUCGCGAAGUAGCCACGAAACUCCGCAGAGCAUGUUUGACGAUGACAUUCCGCUCCAAAAACACGGCAAUAUACGUGUGACUGGGAAGGCGGUCUAAUGUUUUCAUUUGUUUCUCCAAAGAUACCACCGUACACAAGUACACAUUCACUUCACAAUGACAUUCAUGCUAGGUCAUUACCAACUGCAACAUUGAUCCUCUCAAUCGCGACUAACGGUAGGGUCCCAUGAACAGGGCUCGUAAGCUCC